GGCCGUAGGCAUGUUUGGCUUUCAGAGAGCGCCACCGUCAAAGUGGCCUUCAGAGGACUCGGCUUGAAGCCGGUCGGACAACUUUGACACUAAAAACUCCUACAGAGCAGGUGGAUAUGUCCACUGGCUCGUCGGCGAGCGAUGCUGAGGACUACGAUGCAUCGUGUCUCAGAAGAACGGAAGAUGACGGAGGACACAAACAGUCCAAGAAGGACCCUCGCCAGUCUCACAGAGACGCGGCCAACGCCAGGGAGAGGGCAAGGAUGAGAGUGCUGAGCAAAGCUUUCUCCAGACUUAAAACCAGCCUGCCGUGGGUACCGGCGGACACCAAGCUGUCCAAACUGGACACCUUGCGUCUCGCCUCCAACUACAUCUCACACCUACGACAGCUCCUGCAGGAGGAGGACAGCUGUGUGCAGCCGUCCACUCUGACGUGGCCAUUUCUGACAUCAGCGCACUCAGAGGACCAAGACAUGUCCACCACUGGAAGAUUUUGUGGAAGACUUUUGUUUGAUUAAUGUCAAAAGUGAGCAUGAUUUUGUUCGAGCUGUGCAUGGUGCAGAUGUACCUAACAUUGUGGGCAAGAGUAAGAGAGUGGAAAACAAAAGGAGUAGUUUUCAUCAGGUUGUUGUCAAGUUGCAGCUGUUCAUGUUUCCCAGACUUCCUUGGAUGCUUGGAGU